AUGAUCAGGCGGUUGGGGAAACUGGAGAGGUUCGACUGUUCUGGCUGUGGUCUGGGUCCCACCCUCUGGAGAGGGCGUUUGGAAUUCCGCAGCCAGGCAUUGAAGGUGGUGUCACUCUUUGGUAACAAUAUCUCCAGAUUGGAGCCUAGAGCCAUCACAGGUCUACAGUUCAACACAGAAGUUUAUCUAAACGAAAACAAGAUCUCCAACCUGAACCGGGAAACCUUUCUCCCCAUUCUUGAAGUUCUUUCAAAUGGAACCGGGUCUCUUCACCUAAAAGGUACCCCGAAGUCGUGGCUGACGAAAGAAGCGUGUUGUGCUGAUAAAAACAUCACGGACAAUGCGUCGGGUCAACAAAUAUACCACUGGGAUGCAGUCAUCAUGAACUCCACUGGGCACAUCGUCUGCGUGCACAAUAUGGAGAUGCUGUCGGUCGGAGUAGCUGGGAGCAACCUUCGCCAUAACAUCAGCGCCUACUUCAAUCUUGACAAUUUUAGCCCAGAGACUUUAGACAACGACUUGAUGGUGUUGAAUCUCGAAGAGCCGGUGAAUGAAGACGAGAGAGCAUGUAUUCUUUGGGUGCAUAAUCUUGAUCUUCCCAGCUUCUCCCAGUGCAAGCUUAUUUCUCACAGAGAUGAGACGUCAGUGAAUCGGGUACAGGUGGAAUAUGAAGCAAAGAUCACCUAUGCCAGCAUGUGCGAGGAGAGAAUCACUGAAGGCAGUUCCCUCCCGUUGAAUUCCAUUUGUGUCUCCUUCUUCUCGACCUGGUGUGGGGAAACCGGUGCUCCUCUCGUUUGCAAGGACUCUGACUCUGGAUUCCCUUUCCUAGCGGGCCACUUGUCGAUCCACGCCGAUGGCUGCCACGAGGUGGAUAUUCCUGGGGUCUUCGUCAGUGCCACUUCCUUAUCGUCAGUGAACUUUUACGAGACCACCUUCAGAAAAAGUAUUCCCGCUGAGAAUGCCACUCUUCCUGCAGAAAACCUUGACACCGAUAACUCAAGAAUCAACGACGGAGGAGAACUUGCAAAUGGAUGUGGGCACCUGAUGGACUUUGAAAAUGGAAAUGUUCAGCUGUUGUCGUGUCCGAAAAGUGCAAUCGGAGAGACUCAGGGAAGAACCAGUGCUGGAUGCCGUCAAAAUGGAAAGUAUGUAAUUGGGAGCAGUGUAAGGUACGAAUGUAACCAGUAUUAUGUGCUCAGAGGAUGGGAAACUCGGAUUUGUGGAAGGAAUGGAGAAUGGGGGGGAACCAGUCCAUUCUGUGAACCUGAUUGUGGAAAAAAGGUACAACGAAAGCAGUUAUCAGCGGGCGGAAAGCCUUCGGAAAUUGGGAAGUGGCCUUGGCAGGCGGCCAUUUACGAUGUGAAGAAGGAGCAUGUCAUCUGCGGAGGGGUGCUGAUUCGGAGGCAAUGGAUACUCACCGCCGCUCAUUGCGCCGUCAUUAAAGGUUCCCUGAGGUACCGGAACCAGAGCGACUUAAUGGUGUAUCUCGGGAAACACUAUCAAAACAAUUCCAUGGAUGACGAAUUCGUGCAAAUCAGAAAGGUAGCCGGCUGGGGUUCUAACGGAUCCGAAUUGUUUGCUCCCAAGUUGAUGGAAGUUGACCUGCCCGUGGUUUCGAACGAAAAUUGUCGCCAAGACAUUAUUCGCACGACAGGGGACAGCUCCCUCACUUCUACCCUAAAUUCAAACAUGUUCUGCGCGGGUCGCAACGAGUCGACUCCUCUGGAAGAAUUCCAAACUGUAUGCUCUGGAGAUUCCGGGAGUCCUAUGGUCUUCCCCUCUGAGGAAAAUUCAUGGCGUGUGGAAGGGAUCGUGAGCCACGUCUUUCAAAGCGAUAGAUGCCGUGAGGUGCGCCCUGGGCAUUACAGUAUUUUCACCAAAGUCCAUCGUCCAAUUGGAGUGACUGAUGGAGAGAGCAGUGUGGCAGGCCGUCAAAAUGGGAAGUAUGCGAUCGGAAGCCAGAUGAAACAUGAGAGCAACCUGUAUCAUAUUCUCAGUGGAUCGCAAAUUCGAACUGGUGAAAGAUUGAAGAAAGUAGGGGGAUCAGUCCUUUUAGUACACAUGGUAAUCGGCUGGUGUUCUAAUGGAUCGGAAAUAUUUACUGCUGAGUUCAUGGAAGUUGAACUCCUCGGUGUUCCGAACAGGUGCCGCCAUGAAACUCUUCGCAUUACAGGGGACCGCUCCCUCACUCGUUUCCGAACCUCCAAUAUGUUCUGCGCGGAUCACUACGAAGCGAAAACCUCCUGA